AUGUCGGAAGGAUUUGGCAACGGCCAACAGGAAGCAGCAGCAGCGGCAGCGGCAGCAGCAGCAGCGGCAGCAGGACAAUUGGUGGACGACAACCUUUUGGGCCACGGUGACGGAGACGCACGCGAAUACCAGUGGGCAUACGGUACGAUAAUGGACUCCUCCCGCGUUUCGACCUGUCUCAUCUCCAUGCUGCUGAUCGUGUAUGGUAGCUUCCGAAGUCUCAAUAUGGAGCAGGAGCAACGGGAGAAGGAAAAGAAACGGCAAAGCGAAAGCAUGAACAAUCUUCUCACCGGCGAACCUGUGCAGCCGGAGCAAAAUAAAUUCGCAACACUUGACACAAUGCACGCGCUCUGUUUACCCCUUGGUGCUUCUAUCUCAUUGCUGGUGAUGUUUUUCUUCUUCGACUCGAUGCAAAUGCUAUUUGCCGUGUGUACAGCGAUAAUAGCAACCGUUGCGCUCGCGUUUCUUCUACUGCCCAUGUGCCAGUAUAUCAUCCGACCGUGCACAGACGGUAAUAGGAUAUCAUUCGGCGUAUGCGGGCGUUUUACGGCAGCGGAACUGUUCAGCUUCUCGCUCGCUGUAUCAAUCGUAUGCAUCUGGGUGCUGACCGGCCACUGGCUACUGAUGGACGCGAUGGGCAUGGGGCUAUGUGUCGCAUUCAUAGCUUUCGUGCGGCUUCCGAGCCUGAAAGUGUCCACGCUGCUGCUGACUGGGCUGCUCAUUUACGAUGUGUUCUGGGUGUUCUUUUCAUCGUACAUCUUCAGUACGAACGUAAUGGUAAAGGUAGCCACGCGGCCAGCCGACAAUCCGGUUGGAAUAGUAGCACGAAAGCUGAACUUGGGUGGUAUUGUCAAGGAACCACCGAAACUCAACCUACCAGGCAAGCUGGUGUUUCCAAGCAUCCACAACAGUGGUCACUUCUCGAUGCUAGGUCUGGGUGACAUAGUGAUGCCAGGAUUGCUACUAUGCUUCGUGCUCCGCUACGACGCUUACAAAAAAUCUCAGUCCACCCAGACUGCCGAAACUGGUGUCCCACCACCAAAGGGGGUCGGCUCGAGGUUAACUUAUUUUCAUUGUUCCUUACUAGGUUACUUUCUUGGAUUGCUAACUGCGACUGUCAGUUCUGAAGUAUUCAAAGCAGCGCAACCUGCGUUGCUCUAUCUCGUACCGUUUACACUACUACCUCUGCUUACGAUGGCAUAUCUGAAGGGUGACUUGCGGCGCAUGUGGAGCGAACCAUUCAUUAUCCAGCAAGCUUCGAAGCAGCUAGAGGUAUAAAACACAUUGCAACGGUUCCCGGUGGUAGACAAACAGACAACUGUACGCAAUAGUAUUAAGCUAAUUAACAAAACGCAGGACAAGAAGGAUGAAUGCGUUAGCUAAAGUGUUAAAAGAAGAGGACUUGUGUAAUUACCUGCAACCGCCAAAGACCUAUUGUGCUGGAGAAAUUGAACGUU